AUGAUGCGUGAGAUCAUCCGGGAUAAGGCCGAGGAGGAGAACCAACUGUUCGUUCUCAACGGCCGUCUUCCGUCGAUGCUCCCACGGGAGAAGGUCCGACACUUGGUCAUUAGCAGCGAGUGUCGCUGGCCAACUGAAGGCGACGUCCUAGAGGGUAUUAGCAACAUGUCGCACAUCCGGUCACUGACAGUUAACGGAGAGUGCCCACCACGCCUCAUCAUCCCCUCCAAGAUGAAGAUACUAAGAGUCCUCGAUCUGGAGGACUGCCUCAACGCCACAGAUGAACACCUUAAUGGCAUCGGUGAGCUUCGGCAUCUCAAGUACCUGGGACUCAGACAGACUGGAAUCACCAGGCUACCGGAGUCACUAGGAAGGCUCAAGUUCCUACAGUCGCUAGACGUCCGAGGCACCAUAGUCACCACAGUCCCACAAGCUAUCACAAAACUUGAAAAGUUGCGCCAUCUUUUGGCGGGAAACGGCAUGUUGCAUGACGACAACAUCAUCAACUCCUUGCAAUCUAGGCCAUCCUUCGCCUGGAGGAAAGUGGGCAGCAUUAGUGGUAGAACACUUUGGCAUCAAGUCGGCAGUUCGGCGGUUACUAUUAGGCAACACAGCGGCGUAAGUCUUCCCAGCGGCUUUGGAAGGCUGAAAAGCAUGCAUAGUCUUGGCAGAGUGAAUGUUGGGAAAGAUGGCCAGCGCAUACUCAAGGAUAUAAGCAAGUUGGCUGGCCUGUGCAACCUUGAAAUAACCGAACUGACCGACAGAGAUGGUCCCGAAUUCCGCGACAUGAUCCAUGAGCUCGUCGAUCUUAGAGACCUAGAGGUGCGCUCUAGGACAGGCAGGAGCGGGUCACUUCGUUGCCUAAACUUGAUAGAAUCACCACCGCCACAUCUGAUCACUCUCCGCCUACACGGGCAUCUUGGCAGGCUUCCCUUGUGGAUUGGACACCUCCAGGAAAUCACCAAGAUCAAGCUGCUGGCCACAGAGCUAGAGCAAGACGCGAUUGAGAUGCUUGGUGAUCUCCGUAAUCUGACUGGUCUACAUCUAUGGAGGAAGUCCUACAUAGGGCAAGAACUGCGCCUUGGUGCUAGAAAAUUUGCCAAGCUUAAGCUCCUUGACAUCAACCACCUGGAAAACCUGGUGUCGUUGGUAAUCGAGGGAGCAUCGACCCCGCAGCUCGAAUGGCUGUGGCUCUACCAAUGCUGUAGGUUGAGUGACGACGAGAACGGGGUUGUCGGUGUGGCACUCCUGCAGAGAUUGAGAAAACUCCGGCUCAAGUUCUGUGGUGACAAACCCAAGCUUGAGGACCUGCUACAGAGGCAGCUAGGCAACCACCAAAAUUUCCCACAAUUUGAGUGUCAGUGA